AUGAUAGCGGUUGCGGCACUGCAAUUCAUUCGAAUUUACGAUUUAAAUCCAGCGAAUAUUCCGUCAACCUUCGAAUUCAUCCUUCCAAUGGGCGAUGUUACCGAACUAGCGUUUGGUAGACGGAACGAUGGUUUGACUGUUAUCAUUGUCCUUUCAUCCGCAGGACACCUUUAUACGGAGGAAUUGGAAAAAGCUAGACGUGCUGAUGGAGCUUCUUAUUUUAUGACAACAACACUUCAGUUACCAACAACAUCUACAGCCAUCUCCAUGCAUUAUUCCGAAGAAAUUCGAUUUUUAUUCGUUUCCAUGGAAAAUAAUACUUAUGUACUGCACUUCAAUGGUACAGAAUUCGAAGAAGCCAAAGGUCUUCCGUUCGACUUUCCGCUAGUGAAUUGGUGUGAAUGUGCUGGAGUUUUUGCAGCUCUCUCUCAUCCGUCAUGUGGCUCUGUUGUUUUUCUCUACCCAUAUGGCAAUACUCUAUAUACACAGACGAAGACUCUAACUGAUCCUGCAACAGCGCAAUGCAUGUUGCUUGGCUCAGAUUGUGUAUCUCAACUUCUCAUACAAGUUCUGGCGAAUCAAAAUUUACAGCUUUUUCGAAGUUGUUGGUUGAUGGAACCUGAUUUCUGGGUGAAGGACGUGGAACGUUCAAUGUUGGAAACAGAAGUAAGGCCAUGCACCGUUAUGGAGGAUGAGAUACCAGAACCAGACAUGGUUACAGUGUUUGAGCAAUGCCGUCCGAUUCAAAAAUUGGAAUUUUACAGUAAGGCACUUGAGCAGGUUUAUGACACUGCUGAACUUACAAAAAGAAUUAUCUCUUCCGGGAUGAGCGUUGUUUGUCUAAAGCAAAAGGAGUUUGAAGUUGUGGUGAAAAACCUAGAUUGGAACUGCAUCAUGUGCGCAUUACGUAUCGAAGUCACACCGGACAAGUGUCCAACAGCUGUUACAGUUUUUGGCAAAAAGAUCAACCUACAAGCGAAGACGUCACGAAUGUUCGAUAUACGGUUCACACGAAAACAGUCUGUCAGUUGUAACAAUGAAGUGACGCUGAAUUUUACGUGUAACAAUGUACCGGCACAAAUUUGGUCGAUUAAGGUUUUCGGUAAAACAAAGAAAGAGUUUGGUUUUCCCACGGCUUCUUAUCGUUUCGACCAAAUCAUUACUCUUCCUGAGCAACUGGUUGCCUCAUUUAUCUCUACAUGCUACAGGCUGCAUUCUUGUACCAAGCGAAAGCGUAUGGAUUGGCUUCUACCACUUGCAUUAAAAUUUACAGCUCCAGACUUCGAGCAUGUCACUGUGAACCAUCGAGCAUUAAUUUUAUUAAGGCAUUUGUCGCCGUCAGCCUCAUCAUUCCUCGAGCAAAAGGACGCAGCUUUAUUUUCAUCACUGAGUAGCCAUCGAAACGCUGGAACCCUACAGAUGUCGCUUUUCAACGCUUUCGCUACUCAGUUGAAAGUGAUGACUUUGCAUCGUGUGGCAUCCUUUCACCAAUUAAUCAAGAGACGUUAG